CGGGUUGCAGAGCAGAAAGAAUCCUUCUUGUGUGAUUCGCUGUGUGUAUUUUAUCAAAAUAUCCUGCGUAAAAGCGAUUUUAUCAGUGACAAGCGCUUCUGAUACGCACUGCCGGCGUGUCCUCAGUGUGCACGGGAAAGAGGUCAGCGAUUGUGUCUUCUGUGUCACCCUACGUGGCCCCAAAGCACUGCACUCAGUUGAGAAAUCCCCCGAUAAAUAUUCAAUUAUGCCUCCAAUUGCCAUCCGCUUUAAAGUGUGAUGCUUGUCGAUAGGACGAGCAGUCGCCAGCGAUCUGUGGUGUGAUUUAUUCUCGAGGACAAACAAAAUCGCGUGAUAUUUUCGGGAGUGCGCAAUGACUGAGUCCGGGAGUUACAUUGGUCAGCUGGCGGGUGCUGUGGGGGCCACGGAACCCGCCCUGAGACUGCUGCUGUCCAGUGUGUUUGGGUAUCCGCUGUCACUGCUGUACAGGAAGUACAUCUGGGACAUGCCUGAGCUGCACCAGCAUAUCUUCAUGAUCACCUCCGGCAUGGGCAUCUGCUACUUUAACUACGGAGUGGACAUCUAUCACAGUAUUCUCGCCGUCGUGGCCACUUUCAUCCUGAUCCGACUCCUGGGACCGACGAAGAACCUCCGGAUGGCCUCAUUCGCUUUCCACAUGAGUCACUUACUCUUCGGCUACAUCCUCACCGGCACGGACAACUAUGACAUCGUCUGGACGAUGCCGCACUGCGUUUUAGUGCUGCGAUUGAUUGGACUGACCUUUGACAUCUGUGACACGUUUGGAACUCAUCAGAAGGGUGACGAGCCCAAGGAAAUGGAUGUGUAUGGCAUUCGGAAGAUGCCGAACCUCCUGCAAAUCGCCUCAUAUACGUACUUUCCGGGCAGCUUCCUCGUGGGGCCGCAAUUUCCCUACCAUCAAUACGAGAGAUUCCUGGCCAAGGAGUUCGACAAGUAUCAGGGCUUUGUCGAUGCUGGCUUCAAGAGGUUCCUCUUGGGUUUCUUCUACCUGGCUGUGUAUCAAGUGGGCAACAUCUUCGCCUCGGAUUCUCACCUCUUGUCUGAGGAGUACGCUUCUUCGGGGUACUUCAAGAGGCUUAUCCUGAUGGGACUCUGGGGAAGAUUGACGCUCUACAAGUACAUGUCAGUGUGGCUCCUGUCUGAGGGUGUUUGUACGCGAUUCGGGCUGACUUUCCGCAGUACCUCGAAGACGGAGCGUCCGGAUGAGGAGGACUGGUCAGCUGGUGAGAAUGUGAAGAUCGGAAUACUGGAGAGAGCCAGCAAGUUCACGCACUACAUCGAAGCCUUCAAUGUGGCGACAAAUCGAUGGGUGGCCAGACACAUUUACAAGCGCCUGAAGUUCCUGGGCAGCAGGGAGAUUUCUCAGGCGUCCACGCUUCUGUUUCUGGCUGUCUGGCAUGGAUUCCACAGUGGCUACUAUGUCAGCUUCCUCAUGGAGUUCAUUGUGGUCUAUAUUGAGAGAGAUUUCGACACCAUCGUUAAAGGCAACACGAAGCUAAGGCGACUGCUUGAGAAUCCCACUUUGCAGCCCGUGUUCUACGUCCUGCUAAAGUUCUACGCCAUCGUCGGCAUGGGCUGGUGUCUCACGCCCUUCGCCUUUCUCAGCUUCUCCAGAUAUUGGGCCAUUUUCCGCGCUGUGUACUUCUUCGGCUACGUUUACGCUCUGCUCUACAUCCCCGUUCAUUUCGUCCUGAAGGCGCUCUUCCCGCGCGAGAGGCGUGCCGCCGAGAAGAGUCAAUAACCUAGGCGUGCAGAUCCUCGUCCGAGCCAUAAUAGCACACAGUACUUAUCGCAAGUAUGAACAGGUAAUCCGACAGUCAUUGCAAGCAGUACAAUUUGAAUCCAGUAGUCUCUUCUCUAGCCAUAGUCUCGCCUAAAUGUACUCAAAUAGGAGGACACAGAGUUAGAGGGUCGAAAAAUGCACAGAGAAUUUCUUCUCACUAUUUAUUUCACAAAUAAUCCUCUCUUCGUAUGUUAUUUAUGAAUAAAAGAGUAAUUGGACGUGAAAAGUGCUGUGUUACUGAGAGAUCGUUGGAUUCUGAGGCGCCAAGGUUAAUUUGCAGAGAUAUUCUAAUAAAUUGCCUUGUGGGAGAGGCGAAGAGAGAUCAUGAAUUAAGUGGUGUGAUUUUACGACGAUUUGUGAUGGCUCUUUGUGGUUUAGUUUAGAGUUAACAGUGGGACGAAUUCGAGGGGUAAACAGCUUUUGCAUUGUUGGCAAAUUUUUCUAGAAUUAAUUCCUCUUCAAUUUAAAACUCAAUGAAAUCAUCAGUUUAUCAGAAUUUUCAAUGCGAAGAAACACUUGUAGAAUGAUGAAUAAUGCCGAUGGCAUAUAUUUAAUCAUAGGCUUAGCUUCUUUUAAUGACUUU